CCCGACCUCCGCGUUGUGGUGGUACCGCCCGCCGCCCCUCUCGGCCCGGUGGUAGCGCCCGGGGCGGGGCUACAGCGCGCGGGCCCCGCGGCCCGGAGAGCACCCUGUCACCAUGUUCGGCUCAUCCCGAGGAGGGGUCCGGGGGGGCCAGGACCAGUUCAGCUGGGAAGAUGUCAAGACAGACAAACAGCGCGAGAACUACCUGGGAAACUCUCUGAUGGCACCAGUGGGACGCUGGCAGAAGGGCAAGGACCUGACGUGGUAUGCCAAGGGCAAGCAGGAGCCCGCCCCGCUGUCCCGUGAGGAGGAGCUGGCGGCCGUGCGUCUGGCUGAGCAGGAGGCCAUGAUGGCAGCUCUGGGCUACAAGAACGUGAAGAGGCAGCCCACAGGCCUCAGCAAGGAGGACCUGGCUGAGGUGUGCAAGCGGGACAGCGCAGAGCGAGCCGAGGACGUGGAUCGGGUGGUGGGUUUGGGCAGCUCCAGUGGGAGCGCUGGGCGGGUGAUGCUCUCCAAGGAGGACAAGGAGGCAGCCAAGAUGGGGCUUUCUGUCUUCACGCACCAGAAGGUAUGCAGCAGUCCGGAGGCAUCUGGUUCCAAGAGGAAGCAGGACAAGGAGGAGAAGACAGAGGAGAAGCGGACAGAGAGCAGCAAGAAAUCCAAAAAGGAGAAGAAGAAAAAGAAAAAGAAGAAACACAAGAAGGAGAAGAAGAAAGACAAACACCACAAGCGGGACACCACCCCAUCAUCCUCCGCCUCCUCUCCAGACCAGGAUGAGAGACACCACCGGAGUAAAGCCCAGGACCGGCCUGCAUCCCACGGUGGCCGAUCCGAGGCAUCGCGGCACCGGCACCGCCGUGACACGGACUCCUCCCAUAGCAGCGGGGCUUCGGGCAGAAGCCCUUCCUCCCGCCGCCGGAGGGCACGGAGCCGCAGCAGGAACGGCCACCGGCACACAUCCCCACGGCACAAGGGCAGGAGGAGGAGCAGGAGCCGAUCUCGAUCCCACAGGGCCAGGCAGCGUCACGAUACGGAUUCGGAUGACUGAGGGGUUUUCCUGGAAGGGAUGUUCCAUAGGUUAUAUAUUUUUUAAGGUUAUUAUCUAAAUUAAAGUCAGAGCUUUACAACUGCUGGGGCUGGGUCUGGCUGUUGGGCACUGGCCUCUGUGCAGCCUGGUUAUUGCCUGCGGGUUACGAUAUGGACACUGUGUACCACAUCCCCUCUCUGAUCUGUAGCUGUCACCUUUACUUCCCCUAAGUUAAACCUGGGGCAGCACCAGGAGCUUGCCUUGCUCUUUCCUUUACCUGUGGUAUAUGGAAAAUCAGAAUAACACCAUUACAGAAUGGGAGCAAAAUACAGUAGGUGCCCAGGUGCUCACUCUACGGAUCUAUCCUCUCCAGACUGACCUCUGUGGGGUCCAGCAUACAGCUCUGAUCCCCAAAAGUCUUUAAUUUGAGGACACCUGGGUGUGAGCCACCAGCAAGGCAGGAGGAAGCAGAGAUGUCACAGCUGGGAGCUUUCACAGAGACAGCAGGGUGACAUGCGUCCCUUUUGGCUGAGAAAUGGCCUCUGGCUAAAAAGGAAAGUGCUGAAAUAAGUCCUUGGCAGAUGGAUGGGGUUGGGGCACCUCCUGCACGUGUAUGCAGAGUGCUGUUCCCAUCUAAAACCUCACUACAGAAAUACUGGUAUUUGUGUGCUCAGCACAUGGCGUGCAGGGUAUGGGUUUUAAAUCCAUAAUUAGCAAUAUUGGUCCACGUAGAAAGGGGACAUCACGAGCAGCUCCUGCUCUUAGAGCCAACAGCACGGAGCACAAGGGCUGUGUUUGUGUGAGUCGUGAUGCCAUGCUUCCCACUCAAGGCAGGGCUGGUCUGUGUGUCUUGGCAGGCAAACACCUCGUGCCGGGGACUGGUGUCAGUUUGCACUUGGGCGGUUUUCAGGGUCUUCUGUUACCCGAGGGGCUGUGCCACCGCACUGCCUGCAGCCCACGUGGAACAAGGGCUGCAUUCAUUGCAGCGGGGCGAGCUGGAAUAAAGCCCUUCUGUCCCGCUUCCCUCCCGGCUGUGGGCAUGUGCUUAACCCAGCUGGUGCGGGCAGCAGAUGUUGCAUGGAUUCUUUUUUUUCCCCUUGAGAUGUUUUUUUGGGUGGGGUUGAUGCUCUGUUAGCAGGACCAUGGCGUGAGUCCUCUUCAUCUGAGCGGCUGCAGCCUCAUGUCCACAUGCAAUCCAUUGGUGUCCAGGCCUUCUCCCUGAGCUCACUGCCUUCAGAGUCACCUACUGCUGUUUUUUGGGGUCUGGGCAGUGUCUGAUGCCCACUGGGAGCAUCCCAGCACAGGGCAGUGGUGGAAAAGUGGAGCACGGCUGUGCUGCCUGGGGAAGGCUAAUGCAGUUCCAGGCUGUAAAAGGAACUAAAAGCACAAAGUCUGCACCAAUCCCAGGGCCCAGCUUGGGACACCCUGAUGCCCUCAUUCAGCUUCAUCUCCUAGCAGGGCAGGAUCCUCCCAAGGGAAGCACGAGGAGCUGAGCACUUUGAAGGUGAGGGUCAGAGAACCCCCUGCAGUAGCUCACGCCAUCCCAGGCUGCAUCCCCUCCUGCAGUCCCUGCUUCUGCUCCCACCAGCCCAUCUCCAAGCACUGUCUGAAGAAGGCACCUAUGCCUAAUUCAUACCCAAUCCCAUAUCCUAAGGAGCAAAAGGCUUUGAGAAAAAGCAAAAAGGGGUGUGAAUGAUUCUUGCCCCAUCCCCACCUCAGGGCUGUGCAGCCAUUCAGCCGCCUCUGCUUUCCUGCCCAAGCUGCUACACAGGUUCCUGCGGACAGGGAAGGAUGGAUGGCUAAAAUCCCUGCGGGCUUGGCCGAGCCCAGGCCAGAACAAAGCUGAUGCUGCCUCGAGCAGACGGCUACUCCCACAGCUCACUGAUCCCAGAUAACAUCACUACGGUCCCCAUCUCUUCCUCCUUCCAGCAUGGGCUGUAUGGCUGGGGCUGGACAUCACGCAACCCUCACACCAACACACCUUGCACAGAAGUUAACCUAUGGACACCCACAUGGCCAGCAGGAUUUCUGCUGUCAGUGAUUACAGUGCUGGAGUACAGCAGAACACCUGCCUUUAUGGAGGGUGUGGGAGGAAAGAGGAGUUGGGGGCUCUGCUCAGUGACGCCAGCAGAAGAGCUGGCCCUUCAGGUUCAGCUCCCUCCCAGAACAGGAAUAAAUACAUGCCCUGCUCAGCUAGGCACGCACAGAGCCUGAUUCAGAGCUUGAAAGUCAAGGUGAGACAAACAGCCUGGAAAGAAUAACCUGACUUACAAGAAUUUUGCAAUCCCUUUUCACUGUUUGCUUAACACUGAUUACUACCAAGUCAAGCUCAGUGCAGGAGCAGGCCCAGGUAGCCCUUGCUGGGAACCUUGAAUAAACCCAAUUGCUGCCUGCUGCACCCUCAGCUGAAGGCAGCAGUCAGAAGCAUCUCACUCUGAGCCACUCUCUGUACAAGGGCAGCCAGUCCCAGAAUGAAGCAGUGCUGGAACUCUGGGCCUGUCUGCAAACACACACACAUCACAUCCUCCAGAUGAGGCAGCUGCUUGGACAGGAAACAAAACCCAGGGAGUGAGAGGAAGUGGAAUCUGUCCAACAGAUGAGCUCGAUGGAAGACCAUCUCAACUAACGCUGAGAAAAGCAGUGCCAGGUCAGCAGCCCACACAGCUCAGCACUCGCAGUUUCAGGAAGGCAGACUGCACCCCCAGCAGUGCAUCACUCACAAAGCCCAUCAUGAAAGAGGUGGAGAGAUGGGGCUAUAACAGGAAGCCUGAUGGAUGCCUUAAGGCAGAACAGGGACAGUACAAAGAUGAUACAGAACACUCGAUACCAGUGCAAGUUUCAUGAAACUUUUUAUUCAACAAGUAUUUCAUUAUGAUUUUGCCAAGAUGAUCAAAUGAACAGCAAGGCAUAAAAAACAUGAAAUAGUUAAGAGAUUUUAUUCUAAUAGCUUUAAUUACAGUGCUUGUUUGUCGAAAUGAAAACUGAAAACAAGUAUACAAAACAGUUGAUUACUAAUCGUGUAUUGAAAGCAAUAAAGGUUUCCACAACACUAAACAAACCAGUUCUGAUAGUUCCUCAAGUUAAAGUUGAACAGCUCCAGCUUCUUCAGUGUUUAUCAAAAUACAAAAGAAAAGUAAAGAGGUCUUUUUUCUGAUGGCAAAUCUGAACCUUGCAGUAUGAGGGAUGCCAAGGGUUUUCACACAUAUACAGAUAUGGGAUUGUUCCAAAAUGGGAUUGAAUACCUCUAGAGUGGAAUGACUCUCCUAACUCUCAUGCUUUUUUUAUUCCCCUAGACACUAUACAUCGAUGUUUGGUGUUUUUCAUGGCAAUUCUUACUUAAGUACAGUACUUUCUGACUAUAGAGCUUAGGACUAGUACAGGCUGUGCUUUCUGUGGAAAAGUUUGCCUUCUGGAGUGGUUUACACACAAAAGUACAAAACACUUUUGACAAAUACAACAGGCUAAAAAUGUGACUUCCAGAAACGAUUCAAGUUCAAUGGAUGCGAUCAAUCUGACCUGAACCAAAAGGCAGAGGUUUAGCACGAGUCUGCCAACUCAUCUAAAUCAGGUCUGACAAAUCUUGGAGCAAGUAUGAACAAAUAUGAGCUACAGAAAGAGCCAGAGAUCUGUAAGUUACGACCUGUGUUCUAACCCAAUGGAGCUAACCUGGUGUCAACCGCUGCUUCACUGUUCCCAAAGAAUCAGGAACCACCAAUCAGAGCUAGAACAGCAGAAGCUAUGGCAAAUCUUUGUGUCUUGAAGUGUUUUUACUUUUCCUCGACUAUUAAAAAAAA